AUUCGAAACCGGAAACCGAGGCAAUCAAUUUCCUCCCCUGCGUUCCAAUACCAUUACCUCCGAUUUUGGGCCACAAUCCUCUGCGCAGCAGGAGAUACGAGGUUGGCACUACAGGUUUGCUGUAGUGACAUCACCUGUGGCAUGUCCUAGUUGUAUUCAUUCCAUGUACAAUAGAUUGUUUCUUUGUAUGGGGUAGCUGCAGUGCGCACUACAAGUAAAAAAAAUGUAUGCGAUUUGGAACGCCGCCCUGAACCAGCUCACCAUGACGACCGCACGCGGAGGGUUCGGUCUGGUCAGCGAAUGUGUGGAGAGAGGUAACUUCAGCGUAUCUUACUAUACCAUACCUGUAGGGACGACAACCGCUGAAUAACCCUGCACAGAUAGGCCUACUAUACCGUCACUAGACAUAAGGGGUGAAAGAUCACCUGAAAUAUUGUUGAGCAAAUGUCAAAACAAAAGGCCACCAUAUCUUCGAAACCGGAGUUGCGUCGGACCAAAGGUGAAAAGUCAUCAUCAAAAACGCCAAAGCAAUGUCUUAUUCAAAGACUGCCCUUGGAGGUGCUUGGAAAGAUUCUGCACUACCUCGAUGCAUCUUCCCUUUUCUGCAUAAGCCAUGUCAACAAGUUCUUCAAUCGGCUCGCUAAUGAUGACAUCAUCUGGCUGAAGCUGUACGUGUCUGAGAUUGGCGAGGGGAAGGUGUGGAGGCCUAAAGGACCCGUGGAGAACACGGUGCCCGAGCGGAGCGCGGCGUUUCUGGCGGGGGCCGAGGUCCCACGGCGAGCCCCCGGCCACUGGAAGAGGCGCUACUUGAAGGAGAGGGCCGGGUACAACGUGUCCGAGUGGCUGAGAGACCUCCGGGCCGUCAGCCCUUACACCGGGCUGCCGAGCCAGACGGAGUCCUUGCUCCGGAAGCGGCGUGUCUCGUGGGAGCUGACGGUGACGCCCCGGUCGGGGCGGGAGGCGGCCUUCCAGCAGAGCCAGGUGCACUUCUUCCAGUCGUCCGUCACCGUGUGCUGGAGCCACAGCAGCUGGCCGUCCUGCAGCCAGGUGGCCUCCCUGCAGGUUCACGCCGUGGUGAGGGUGGCCCUGGCCUGCCCCAGCCUCCAACGCAGUCCGGGAUGGCGCUCCCUCCUGGGCUCGUUCGACGCCGAGGCGCUCUCUGAGCGGUCGCCCCUCGUUGGCCACGAUGCGCUGGUCAAGGUCCUGGUCCUACAGGGUCUGCUGGUCGGCGUCUGGAGGGGCACGACCUCCAUUGCCUUCGUCAUCGCCUGUUUCCACUUCCACCGGCUGGUUGAGAGGAGUCUCCUGGGCUCUUCCAUUUGUCCCUACUCGGGAGCGGUCAACAAAGCCCCCUUUGAUGACAUAGACCCGGAGUAUGGUCUCCAUGGUUACACCCUACACAUGGUGCUUCACAACACGGUGGCUGAAAUAAUGUCCGGACAAUUCUCUCAGCUCUUCUGCCGGAAAGCUCAGAUCCAGAACGGUCACAUUGAGCUGGUGGCCAUCAGCCGGGCUGUCCUGUCCCAACACACGCCGCUGACGGGCAACAUCAGCCUGCCCUGGAGGUGUGAGGGGCUGGAAGGCACGCUGGAGAACUGCUGCCUGAUGAGCUUCACCCUGCUGGACGAGGCCCUGCAGCCCUUCUGGUGUCUCAGCUCCCCCGUUCACCUGGCGCCCGCCAAGAAGCCCGGUGCGUACGACUACGACGGAGAGCACUUCUCGCUGAGCUGCCUCCGCCCGGAGGGCCGGGUGGCGAUGGAGCUGGUGCGGACGGAGCGACAGAGGCAGCUGUUCCUCAUCGACCUCCGGCUGUACGUCGGUCUACAGGAAGUCAACCGCCACUUUGGGAAGAGCUACUGAAGUGUGUGUGUGUGUCAGAAACAUUGGUGGAUGUGAUUUAUAUAUCUGACUUAGUUUUUACCAAGUUAUAUUUUGGUGUCAGCCUUUCUAAAGUUGUUAUGCUACAACUAUUUUAUAUAAAAAUAAUUUAGUUGGUUUAGGAUAGUAGUAGUAGUGUGAAUAUUAGUUAAGCCAUUGUUAAUUGUUUUUUGUUAAUUUAUUUCAAGUUCGGGCUUCACUUGAGUUGAAUUUGAUUGGAGUAAAAACAUGCAUAGUUAAUAUGCAUUAUUCAAUUUUGUUAAGUGUUUACAUAAUUUGUCAUCAAUGCCAUAAUCUCAACGGUAUUAAUAAAUACAUCAA